AUGGACAAGCGACUGAGCGGUGCGUAUAAGCAAAAGACAGAGGCGGCGAAAAAGGACUAUUUGAAGCAGUUGGCUGCAUACCGAGCGAGGUUGCUUUCGAAUAUGAGCAACAGGCAAACGUUGACCGACCAAUCGUAUGAUGAGUUGAUGCACAACGGCAAGUCCAUGUCGUUGCUGCCUCAGAAGUCGCCCGACAGUACGACAUUGGGUACGGAACCAAAAGUGAGGAACGACAUCGGUGAGAAAAGCCUGGCUAGUCUGAUUGCUGAGCCAACUCCGCUUCAUAUCCUCACCGCUACUACGACGUUGACAGUACCUCAGACGAACAUUACGGUAUUGCCUUAUUACUGUCUCUAUGUAACGUCGCAUUUUGGUAGACUCACCUGUGCUGAGUGA